AUGUCGGGCUCUCCUCCAGCAGAGGACGUCGCAGACGACAACCAGGUCGUGGACGAGUUGGACGACGGCGUCCAGCCAGAGGCUGAAGCCGAGCCCGCGCCCCCAGCCGAACCCGCUCCUCCCGUCAAACGCGGUCGCGGUCGCCCCAAGGGCAGCAAGAACAAGAAGAACGCAGCCGCUGCCGCGUCCGCGGCGGCAGGGCCCUCCACCGGAGAGAAGAGAAAGAGGGGCAGACCCCCCAAGCCCAGGCCAGAGGGAGAGGAGCCUCCCGUCAAGCGCAAACGCGGCAGGCCUCCCAAGAACCCAAAGCCAGAGGCUGCGGCAGACAAGGCUGGAGAAUCGAGCGCCGCGGAGGGCAGUGCGACGAAGACAACGGCAGAGACCUGA